AUGAAGGUGACUAUCGUCGGUGCCGGUCUGGGUGGCCUCGCUUGCGGCAUAGCUUGUCGGCGACAGGGAUACGAUGUCUUGAUCGUAGACCAGGUCCCGAAAUUCCUUCGACUCGGCGACAGCAUCGGAUUUGGUUCCAACUCCGCAAGGCUUUUCUACCGCUGGGGCGUGGGGGAGAGGAUGGAGGCUAUAUCCAGUGAUAUGCAAGAAAUGCGCAUCUACAACUUCGAUUCUUCUGACAAGCUGCUCGGCGUCGACAAGCAAAUCGGCACGUCCCAAGAGAAGUAUGGUUGUCGCCAGCUAAUCGGGCACCGCGGAGACUACCAUAUGAUCCUAUACGAGUUCGCCCUCCAACAAGGAGUCAUGAUACGGAUGGGAGAGACGGUAGAUACCUACGAUGCUGCAAAGCCCAGCAUCACCCUCGCCUCCGGUGAAGAGGUCAUUUCAGAUGUGGUCAUCGUGGCCGACGGUGUAAAAAGCAAAGGACGGACAGUCGUGUUAGGCUAUGAGGAUAAGCCUCUGCACAGCGGAUAUGCCAUCUACCGAUCCUUCAUGGACGCUGACCUCGUUCGCGACGACCCUCUAAUCAGCAAGUUCCUUCAAGAGGGCGAUCAACUCAGACUCUUUCUGGCACCAAAUAUGCAUGGCUUCAUCACGACUCUACGCAAUGCCAAAGAGAUCAACGCUGUCUUGACGCACAGGGACAUUGGGAAUGUCGAAGAAGGCUGGACGAAACCCGGAUCCAGGGAAGACGUUCUGGCUCUUCUUGACGGCUGGGACCCGGCGUUUAGGCGCGUGUGGGAGAAGAUCCCGAAUAUCAUCGACUGGAAGUUGGUCUAUCGUCCUUGCCUUGGCAAAUGGGUCGCCGAUACUGGCCUGGUGUCUUUGAUGGGUGAUGCCGCUCACCCUUUCUUGCCCACCUCCGUACAAGGAGCCAGUCAAGCCGUUGAGGACGGGGCCACGAUAGCCAAGUGUCUUUCGAAAUGCAACGGCAAUGUCCCUCUUGCUCUACACACGUAUUUCGAGAUCCGACACGACUAUGUAGCCGAGGCACAGGCAACGGGCAUCAAGCAGAGAGAUACUUGGCAUAACCUGCACAGCGACGACUCCAAAGAAUUCAAAGAGUCCUUUGACAUCAAUGCCGUCUCACAGAGCAACUUGUACUUGUGGGCUAACGAUGCUGAGAAGGUAGUGGAUGAGAAGUGGGAUGAGAUCUCUAAAAGGGUCGAGAGCCGAUUGAAAUCCAAGGGUGUGUGA